CCUACGGGCUAUAAGAGGGACCACACUGCCUCCUUUCCCCUUCUCAUCAUUCAAUACCCAAUUCUGUGUCUUUUCUCUUCUUGAUCAUCAACAAAUGCCCAACAAAAAAAGCCAUUCAAAGAUUGCCUGCAUGGUCGCAGCACUUGCGCUUGCUGGACCGACUGCUGCCUUGCCAGCUGCGGAUUUCGGCUCGCUGCAAAAGACCAUCAAGUGUCUCGGUGCCAGCGCAUAUAAUGGGCCUUACCUUGCGCCCAUUCAAUGGCCCAAAUGGACAACUGGCUUGAAUGGCAAAUUUAUGCACAUCUCGGAUAUCCACAUUGAUGAACUCUACAAGGAAGGUACCGACCCCGCUGGUACCAUGUGUCACCGCCCAAGUGCUACCAACGCUGCAUUGAACGUUGCUGGAAAAUACGGUACUUUAUCCAGUAUCUGCGAUACCCCUCAAGUGAUGUUAGAUGCCACUUUCGACUGGAUCAAACAAAAUACCGCCGAUGUUGACUUUAUUCUGUAUACUGGUGAUUCUGCCCGUCAUGACCGUGACAAAACAGUCCCUCGUCAACACUCUGAGGUGUUGAAUGAGCACAAGAUUGUUGUUGAUAAAGUUAUAAGUGCUUUUGAUACCUCCAAAACCAAGUUUAUUCCUACUUUUGGUAAUAACGACGAACUUGAUUACAACAAAAUGGCUCCUGUUACCGACCCGAUUAUCGCCAACCUUACCCAGAUCUGGGCACCCUACAAACUUGGCUUGGACGAAAAUCAGGACUGGCUCAACGGCGGCUACUUUGCCUACGAAGUCAAACCCGGUCUCGUGGUUUUGAACUUGAACAGUAUGCUUUUGUUCGCCUCCAAUGUCCUGACCAAGGACUGUGUAGUCGACGGCAGCGCGGGUGCUGGCAUGCUCACAUGGUUGCGCAACCAGCUUUCUCAGCUUCGCAGUGCCGGUAAAAAAGCAUAUGUCAUGCAGCACAUCCCCCCAUUGGACCACUCUGGUAAAAAACUCUACUACCCAACUUGCCACACCGACUAUACCAACAUCCUCGGAUCAUUCUCGGACGUUAUACUUGGAUCGUUCUACGGACACACAAACAAGGAUUACAUUUCGUAUGUGUACACAAACAAUACUAGCUCGCCUCAAGACGGCCCCUUCUUCAUUUCGACAGUUACCGACACUGUCCCCAGCAUCGACUUUGACAACACUUGCAUUCUGCACGUGAGCUCGCAAGGCCCUAGUAUCAUUGGUGAAAACAACCCUGCUAUCCGUGUUUACUCCUACGACACGAGUCGUUUCGCUUUUGGAGGCCUUGUUAAAUGGACCCAAUACUGGUCUGACCUAGUGAGAGAUAACACCGAAGACAAGGUUACGUAUGAGUUGGAAUAUACAACUCAGCAAGCGUACGGUCUCUGGAACCUUUCGCCUCUCAGCUGGACGCUCGUGCUUCAAGACUGGGCGAAGAACUCGACUUCCUACCGGGACUAUCUCAAAUAUCGCUUCGUGCAGAACCCCAACCCCGUCCUCAAGGGCUAAUUAUAAGCAAGAAAUAAAAAGGAAGUAACUAAUAACUCUCUAAAGGCGAAAAAUACAAAACCGUAAGAUUUAAAAUGAGCUUCGUCGCCUAAUGCAAAAAAACCCUAUUAUGCUCGCACCCAUUAUCAAUAUUUAAAAAUAACAAUCUGAACCUAUUGAUAAAUUAAGCUAGAUAAAAAAUAAUAGUAUAGAGAGCAAUAUCUUUAAUAAAAAAACCUCGUCUGCAUUCCUCGA